AUGAGUCAAAGCCACCCAAAGAAGGAUGAAAGGAAGAAGGACGCAGCGCAGAAUAAAAAUGUUCAAAAGAAGAGCCCGGAAAAGAACAUGUCGGAAAUCGACGAGCAUAUUUUAAAAAGGUUUGAGAUCAAGAAGCGGUUGGGCAAAGGUGCGUACGGAAUAGUAUGGAAGGCUGUGGACAAGAAGACCAAGGAGGUUGUGGCUAUUAAGAAGAUUUUCGAUGCGUUCCGAAAUCAGACGGAUGCUCAAAGGACUUUUAGAGAGAUUAUCUUCCUCCAAUCUUUUCGGAACCAUCCCAACAUCGUGAAGCUACACAGCAUACACAGGGCUCUAAACAAUCGCGACAUCUACCUAGGCUUUGAGUACAUGGAGACGGACCUGCACAACGUGAUCAAGCGCGGCAACAUCCUCAAGGACAUCCACAAGCGGUACAUCAUGUACCAGAUGUUGAAGGCCACCAAGUACAUACACUCGGGCAACGUGAUACAUCGGGACCAGAAGCCGAGCAACGUGCUCAUCGAUAGCGCUUGCAGGGUGAAGAUAGCAGACUUCGGUCUAGCCCGGUCUGUGUCCAGCAUCUACUCCGGCGGGGAGGAGGGCGCUGACCCCUGCCUCACCGAUUACGUCGCCACGCGCUGGUACCGCGCUCCGGAGAUUCUCAUUGCCAGCAAGAACUACACGAAGGGUAUUGACAUGUGGUCGUUGGGUUGCAUUCUGGGAGAGAUGCUGACCGGCAAGCCCCUGUUCCCUGGCACUUCUACCGUCAACCAGAUCGAGAGGAUCAUGGCGGCACUGCCCAGGCCUUCUUCAGAAGACAUAUCAGCCGUAUGCAGCGGGUACGGCUCCUCCCUGAUCCGCGAACAGGCAUCGUCCGGCAAUCAGACGCGCGCCUCCCUCACCGCGCUGCUGUCCUGCGCGUGCAGGGACGCCAGCGACCUAGUGCAGCGGCUGCUAGUGUUCAACCCCGCCCGCAGACUCAGCGCGGAGAUGGCGCUGGACCACGAGUACGUCAGCAAAUUCCAUAGAGAGCGUGACGAACCCAUUCUGGCAUCUGACGUCCUGUUACCACUGAGGGAUGACAAGCAGAUGUCCGUGGACGACUACAGGAACAAACUGUACAGCAUCAUGGCGAAAGGCAGUCACAGCAACGGACACACUAGGAAGUUGCAGCCGAGUGCCAGAACCCACACACUACCCACGACCACAUCUAAAAGCAGCAAGUCCUUCAACGAAUCCGACAUAACUCGCUCCAAAUCCAAACAUAUCAGUUCUUCCGCGGACCAGAAGACCAGGCCCAGAGUGAACAGAACCCUGGAUAGACCCGUCAAGGAGUACAGAUCGGACCAGGCUAUCUCCAAACCUCUCAAAGCUACCAGAGCUUACGACAACCAAUGGUUAGAGACUACUAACUGCUACGGUGAUUAUUUCCAGCCAGUCACAAGGCAGAGUCCUUCAGAUUCCGAUUUCAUGAGUGGUAAAAAGGUUUCUGUGCAGCAUAGGAGGAAUUCGACUUCCUUCUCAACGGUGACUAUUGGUGGCGAUUCUGAAUACAAUGGGUUUGCUGGAAAGAAUCAGAGGCAUGGAGUUAUAACAGCCAGUGCUCUCAUGGACUUGAGAACCAGCAUACGAUGA